UCGCUGUCAAAGCGUAGAAAAAAAAUCCCACAACAACAGCGACAUUACACUUGCGACAGUUUAGAGAGGUGUGCUCUGAACUGGACAGCUCGGUUUCGACCUUGUGAGCGGUGAGCGUAUUUCAGAAAAUAUCCAAUCGAUUAAAAUAAGCUAUAGCUAUUGUGACGAACUGAUACGAUUUCGGUGUAUUCAAUAACUCGACGUCAUGUUUUCCUUUUGAAAGAGAUUGGGUUGAAUGGAAGCAAAAGUUACCUAUUCUUUCGACGCAUAUAAACAACGGGUCAUGUUGCCUUCAUUUCCUGCUAUGAUUUAUCGGCGGAGUCUCACUUCACGAGCAUAGUCUGCGCAUAUUUUUUUUUCUUUAUAUUGGACUCAGUAUUCGAAAUACUUAGCAAAUAAAAUAAGUCACGCAUAAGUUAACAUACGGAUUGUAUCACGGUUGCAUUCGCCAACAGAACGUUGCAAAUUGUACAACAGGCUACGUUGCUUUACCGGAUUAUACAUUACCAUGGAGAUUCCAGUUGGGUUAGCAGGAGUUUCAGAUGCCACAAACGCCGUUUUUCCCGGACCUUACCAAAACGUUUUCCAAAGCCUUCAAGUGGCAUUUCAGAGUCACGGCGCUGUCUCCAGGAGCUUAGAAUUUCCAAAUACAAAGUACGGUUUUUUACAAAACAGACAUAUCUAUGAAAUGCGUCAGGAGAACAAGCAACCGCCCUGCAAAGGACUCGGCCUAUUUUACGGGAGCCAUCGUAAUUUGGACACUGGGACAAACGAAGACGACAUCGCUUAUUUUUCCAGACAGUCCGACGCUGAAGCGAGACUUGGUAUUUUUUCUCAAAGCUCAUUGGAUAUUGGAGACGAGAGUACUAGCAAACUCCAGUCAGACAACCAACGGGUAAGAGCGAGCGGUCCUCUCUUACCGGGCUCUAGCGGCUGCGAUUCGGGACAAAAGUCCUCCCUGGCUUGCACGUCCCAACAAAGGGAGACAGCAUCUCGAAGUGAAACCUGCCCAGGAGAAAGCAGCUCGGAACCACAAGCAACUACCAUUUCGGAAACUGCGCGCGAAUUGUGCAACGCCGUGUCCGUAUCACUGGGCUUGAAUUUAGAUCUUAAUGACAUGAAUGACCUCGGCUCAAACCACAUACCGUCUGCCGAAUGUGACACAAGACAAGGCAUCUACUUAUUUGAACCUUCACAUGGGUGUACUGGUGUCGGGCUGAAUGCCUUGGUAAGAGACUGUAAAUGUCAGAGUGCACGCGAAGGGACAUCGACACAGUACGAACGUGGGGAAAUGUUUAGGACGAACCGUGUAAAUGACUUGCCGAUUCAGACAGCACCCCCACGACACACCAGCGUUAGCGAUGCUAAAUGGGAUAUGCAGGCAGGGUUGUGUGCGCAGAUGGGUCAGAAGGACUCUGAAAAGUGCAUGAAUAUGGAUGGUGCACACUCCUCUUCUGUCUACUCUCAGUUCGACCAACUGUUGCCAGUGAACCCACCGCACUACAGUCAAAACGUUCCGGUUAGAUUGGAACCAGAAAGCGAUUUUUCUCAGAUGUUGUACAACUCACCUGGUAUUCAGAAAAAUGUCCAGCAUGAUGCCACAAUUAAAUCAGAAGUGGGAAAAAUUGCAUCUGAACGGGAAUGGGGUUUGCAGUACAGGUACAAUGAAAGCUGCAGCACACCGUCCGCACCUCCUAGACAUUGUGUACAUCAGAACAGGGUCGGACCAUACAACCAGUUCAUUUUUAAUCCAUUUGAAUAUGGAAAAAGAGGUGUUGUCUCAAUAAGGGAAGGAUCAUAUCUCGAACAGGGGUACCCAAAUAACCUCGCCCGGAUACCCUACCCUGGUUCCUUGAAAAACGAACUAAGAGACCGUCUGAGUGGACCAUACCCAGACGUCAGCAGUUAUAGGUAUGAGGGUGAACGGGAGAACAUGUUCCCUGUGGAGUUCUUCUUCCCGCCGCAGAGGACCUGUCUGAUCUGUGGGGACGAGGCCUCUGGCUGUCACUAUGGCGCCCUCACCUGCGGGAGCUGCAAGGUGUUCUUCAAGAGGGCCGCAGAAGGGAAGCAAAAGUACCUGUGUGCCAGCAUCAAUGAUUGCACCAUUGAUAAACUUCGAAGAAAGAACUGCCCCUCCUGCCGUCUGAAAAGGUGCUUUGCUGCUGGAAUGACCCUGGGAGCCCGGAAGCUGAAGAAGAUCGGGCAGGCGCGUGGCCCGGAGGAAGGGCUGGCGCAGGGUCAGGGGCCAUCAGAAGGCGAGCAGAACAUCUCCCCCAUGUACGACCUGGGCUUCCACACCCAGUCCAUGUUCCUCAACAUCCUGGAGGCCAUCGAGCCGGAGGUAGUGAACGCCGGGCAUGACUACGGUCAGCCCGACUCCGCGGCCAGCCUCCUGACCAGCCUGAAUGAGCUCGGAGAACGGCAGCUCGUCAAGGUCGUCAAGUGGGCCAAGGGCAUGCCAGGUUUUCGGAGUCUGUAUGUGGAUGACCAGAUGACAGUGAUCCAGCACGCGUGGAUGUCCGUGAUGGUGUUUGCCCUGGGAUGGAGGUCGUUUAAGAACGUGAAAUCCAGGAUGCUUUACUUCGCUCCCGACCUUGUUUUCAAUGAGCACCGAAUGCAGGUCUCCACCAUGUAUGAGCACUGCGUCCGGAUGAAAAACUUCUCCCAGGAGUUUGCCAUGCUCCAGGUCUCCCAGGAAGAGUUCCUGUGCAUGAAAGCCCUGCUUCUCUUCAGCACCAUCCCAGUGGAAGGGCUGAAGGGGCAGAAGUUCUUCGACGAGUUGCGGAGGAGUUACAUCAACGAGCUGGAACGUCUGGUUGGCUUCAGGAGCAAGACCAGCUGCUCCGACAGGUUCCAGCAGCUCACCCGCCUCCUGGACUCCCUCCAGCCCGUUCUGAAGAAGCUCCACCAGUUCACGUUCGACCUUUUCAUCCAGUCCCAAAACCUCCCCAACAAAGUCUGCUUUCCCGAAAUGAUCUCAGAGAUCAUAUCCGUGCACUUGCCAAAGAUCAUCGCUGGCACAGUGAGGCCAAUCCUCUUCCACAAGUAGCUGCCUCCUUUUCUUUUCGUUUCUUUACGCUCUUUCCCACGGCUUACUUCUUCAGCUUGGCAUUCCGCCGACAUCUGCAUCCUUCUCAAAGCUAUACCAAGUGGCAGAAUUACAAAUGAGUAGUUUUACUGCUAACCAGCGGUUAUUGAUUAUGGAGAUUUUUUCCAAAGCUGGUUUUAGCAUUUGAUUUCUGCUGUAUUGUCGUAUUGUCUAUACAGGGUUUGUAUUUUCAAAUUUCACUCUUGGCUCAUUUUACAUUAGUGCGCUUAAGAUCCCAGGAUGUAGAAGACAAACCUGCCUUCUCUCUUCAAAUCAGGUUACAAAAACAAAAACAAAUUCCUGUGUACACAAAACAAAAUGAAAUGUUCAGUGUUAAUUCAACAAUGACAGAGUCCACUAGGAAUCCAGUAAUAUACUCUACCCGUGUUCAUUUACAAAUUUAACAUGUUAUUACAUAUGCAUCACUAUACACAGUUAUGCACAACUGUGUCUGUCAUUGUUAAUGCGAUCAUAUGGCCAUCUGGAUAUAAGGAUUAUCAGGAUAAAUAAUGAAAUGGUUAAAAAAGUUCGUUUUCAUUUAUAGUGAUUCAUGCAUGCAUAGUUAGGUAUAUUAAUCUCCAUAGCUAUUGAAUAUCAAUCUGUUCAUAUAACCAUGUAUGUACACUCACUGAGCAUUUUAUUAGGUAGACCUGUACACCAGCUUGUUAAUGCAAAUAUUUAAUCAGCCAAUUAUGAGGCAGCAACGAAAUGCAUAAAAGCAUGCAGACAUGGUCAAAAGGUUCAGCUGUUUUUUAGACCAAAUGUCAGAAUGGGGAAGAAAUGUGAUCUAAGUGACUUUGACCGUGGAAUAAUUGUUGGUGCCAGACAGGGUUGUUUGAAUAUCUCAGAAACUGCUGAUCUCCUGGGAUUUUCACGCACAAUAGUCUCUGGAGUUUGCAGAGAAUGGUGCGAAAAACAGAAAACAUCCAGUGAGCAGCAGUUCUGCGGGCAAAAAUGCCUUGUUAAUGAGAGAGGUCAGUGGAGAAGGGCCAGACUGGUCAAAGCUGAUAGGAAGUUGACAGUAAAGCAAAUAACCACACAUUACAACAGUGGUAUGCAGAAGAGAAUCUCUGAACACACAACAUGUCAAACCUCUAAAGUGGAUAAGCUACAGCCGCAGACGGCCAAUAUGUCUAAAACCUACGUUUGAUAAAUACCUAAUAAAGUGCUCACUGAGUGUAUACCUAAAUAUUUACUGAGAUAUAUGCAUACGUACAAUGUACAGAUAUUUUUGUGUGUGCUCGACACAGACAUAACACACAUACACGCUCACACAAACAGAUACAUACGCUCACAUUUUUAGAUGGUGAAUGUAAAAACAUGAUAAAUAUUGCAGCCGCGGAGUACAGCCACGUGACUGUAAACGAAGCAAUCCAAACCGUCUUUUGUUUUUCAAUUAUAAAAAAGCAGUCCUUUCCACUAAAACAGGAGGGUUAUUGAAGUAGCUUUUUGUGUUGAUCACAGUGUAUUUAUUUUUUUAUCGUUGACUAUGGUAUGAAGAUGUAUUUCUUGAAGAGCCAUACAACUCCCAAACUGCCAAGGACACUUUCACAUAUGGCCACUGUUUUGACUGGUUAGCCUAAGAGUUUAUUAUAUUUAGUGCUCUAAAUAUUAUUACUCUUUUACGCUCAAACCUGUAAUUAUAUUAUUGACAAAAGUGUAUGGACUAUUCUGUAGGUAUUUUAGUGUGGUUUUUACAUGAAAUGAAAACUCUCUCUGCAUAAUUAAAACAAUUGUAAAUGUAUUUCAUGCAAUUAUUGUACAGUCAUGAUCUCUGAUAUUUUGUGUUUCUGUGGUCAUUGUAUUACUUAAUUGGCCAUAAACCAUAAACCAUAAAAGGUGAAUUUGAUUAUAUUUUUCUAUAAAUGCUUCCCCUUUCAACUUAGAACCCCUUUUAAACUGUGUGUGUGUGACGUAUGACCACAGCAGUGCAAAUUAUUCUAAUUAGUUCAAUCAAAUAUCAAAUAAUUUGUUCUGAAAUUUUGCAUUUAUGCCAAAAGGGGGCUAUCUUUCUGCACCUGCAGAAUCCAGCUUCUCAGUGACAGCUAUUCAUAAACACUAUGCAGUGCUGUAUACUUGUGAUGUGAUGCGUUCGUAAGAAUAUAAAAGGUACCCAUUCAUGAUUUAUAGUGUCCGUCCAGUGUGAAUUAAUCUUAAAACUGAAACAGAGUAGAAACUGUGGCAUCUGAGGCAGUCUGAUAGUUAACAUGCAGAACAUCUUGUGUAAUUAUAAGCAGGUGAUUCUUAUACAGGUAUUGGCCUGCUUUUAACACCAUAGCUGCCUAAUACAAAGGAAAAGUCCCAAGUGACAUACAGCCUUAAAAGUAACACAAUGUAAUAUGUAUUUCAGAUGCUAAGUUCUUCUGUUUGUCUUUUGAGGUUAUUGUAAGUCAAAUACAUAAUCACAAAAUAUCAUGUUAGGAACUGUAACAGAAUGUAUAAUCAGAUAACAAUUAAUUUAUUUGUAUUAAAUUUUUUUGCCCCAGCGAUGUAAGAGAGACACUAUACCAGUGGUUCCCAACCUUUUUUGUCUCGUGACCCCAUUUUGACAUCACAAAUAUCUGGGGACCCCAGAGACUUUUUUUUCUAGAAUUAGUUCUUGAUCAUGUUUGUUAUACUGUGUUGCAAAUACAGAGUGGCCAGAUUAGUGCACAAAGUAACAUUUUAUUUUCCCUGAUCAGGAAAUACAUGUACAGUUAGGUAAGCUACAAGGCUUGAUAAAAAAUAAAAAAAAUGUAAUCAAUUACUACACAUUUCAGGCGACCCCAUUUGAAUUCUGCGGGACCCCACGUGGGGUCGCGACCCCAAGGUUGAAAAACACUGCACUAUACUGUCUUUUGGAUGAGACGUUAUACCAAGGUCCUGACUCACUGUCGUCGUUGAAGAUCCAAUGGCACUUAUUGCAAAGAGCAGGGGUCUCCCUGGUCUGGCCAAAUUCCUAACUUUGUUCUGUAAAUUACUUAGCUGGGGCAGCUUGUGGCCUACUGGUUAAGGUACAUGACUGGGAAUUUAGAAGGUUCAAGCCCUGGUGUAGCCAUGAUGAGAUCCAUAAAGCUGUUGUGCCCUUGAGCAAGGCCCUUAACCCCGCAUUGCUCCAGGGGGGAUGGUCCCCAGCUUAGUCUAAUCAGCUGUCAGUAACUUUGGAUAAAUGCAUUAGCCAAAUAACUAAUGUAGUCACCUAAUUGUCCUGUUAUAAUCCGUCCAUUUUAUCUGAUGUAUGAUGAAGGUUUCAUGUACAAUGUUAUCAUGCAGGUGGGUUAGUUUCCCCUCUGACUCUGUAAAGCACUUUGGGAUCAUGAGAUGAAGGCACUAAUUAUGUAAAAUAAUUACACCUUUAAAAUUUAGUGUCAGCCUUUAUGGCCAAGUUGGACUUGAUUGUAAUUAUAAUUGAUUAGCAACUAUAUUAGAUCCAGUUGUCUAUAUCUCCAAGGCAGGCAGAAGGAGAAGUGUGGCGAUUAUUAAACAUGACUGCGUUAUGCACUGAAAGCCAAUCACAAAGAUAAUGUUAAUGCUUUGUGAAAGGGCUUCAUCACCGUCUAAAACCCACGUUAAGUCCAAUAAUACUGUUGUUCCAUUCUCAGAAAAUAGUAAAACACAUUAUCUGGUGAUUUGAAACACUUGCAAAAAAGGUCACAGCAGUUUAUAUAACGUCCUACAGUGAACUACUGAACUGUUUCAUUUUCUGAACUGUUUCUGCGGUGUGAUUUGUAAUGCGCCGAACCACAACUACAAUCACAGCUAUUGCAGCAAGAUACUAUCUGAAUGCAACUACUUUAUCCAAAUCUUGUGCUCCUAUAUGAGUGCCUUUUAGCCAUCAGGUCAUGGUCUGAUGGCAUUGCUACUUUGAGGGAGAAGCAUACUGGCAGAGUGAGUGAGUAAGUGAGCGAGUGAGCCAAGGAUACCACAUUAACUGUGUAUCUAUUAAAGUCAAUGUGCACAUGCACAUUUUCCACCAAAAAGGAAAGUUUUUUCAGUUAACAUUCAAAAAGUGAUUCAUCAUUAUCUGCGCAAUUUUAUAUAGUUGGCAUUGGUACCCAGACAGACGUGUAAAUAUGCAGGAAGGCCGUUUGUUGGUGCUCUUUUGAAAAAGUUGUAUAGCUAUACUAUUUUUUAGUUUUUGUUUUGGUAUGUAAAAUAGUAACAUAUAAAAAAAGUUUGUUUUUUAUUUUUUUUUAUUCAGGUCAUAAACUAUAUCAUCUAAAACAGGGAUCAGGGAAUCAAAAUGUGUGGGGGUUUUUUACACUUGCUCUGAUUGUAUCCUACUGCCCAAGAAAGAUACCUUUAAUGAACAUGUGCAUAGUAUUUAUACUUGCUACUAAAACAAUCAAUGUGAUAUAAGUUAAUUAAAUUUUUUUAUGUUUUAAUGUGUACAAACUUGCGGAAUAUACUGUUUUAGAGAACACCCCUUCAGAAAUCUAAAAAUUUACAGGUGUCCAUUCCCAGUUCAUGUAAUCUUAUUUGGUUUGGGCUGUUGAGUUUCAUCUAUGUUGGUUUCAUUUUUUCAUUUGUUUCCUUGUUUUUUGAUUAAACAGUGUCAAAUACA